CUUGCCUCUAUUUAAACGCCCUCCUUCCCAUGGGCCGCAACGUCCAAACCAGAUACAUUACCAUCCCUUGUAAUUUUUCUUUCGUUCAUUUUAUGGUACACAAAACAGAGAGAGUGGGAGAGGCGAAAUUCCCAUUUCCAGCGAAGUGUACAAAGAUGAUAGCUUGCUUGGGACGAAUCGUACACGACACCGAUGCGGAGUCCAAACCCGACGACGUCGCUUCCAGCAUAUCUAAAUCCCUCGACCUCCAAGGCAGCAUCGAAAGCGCUGGUAUUACAGGUGUAGCCGGUAGAGAUUUCGGCGGCCUUUAUUCGGUUGAGUCGUUGGCUUUAAUUAAACCUUCUGGAGCAGAGGAUAUAGCUCGGGUCGUUAAGGCCGCGUCACGGACUUCUCAUCUGACGGUUGCGGCAAGGGGUAAUGGUCACUCGAUCAACGGUCAGGCGAUGGCCGAUGGAGGGCUCGUGAUAGACAUGCGUUCCACGGAGGAAAACCAUUUCACAUUCUCGACAAUAAAUGGCUCUCCUUAUAUCGAUGUCUCCGGCGGGGCAUUAUGGGAAGACGUCUUGACACGGUGUGUUUUGACGCUCGGUUUGGCUCCAAGGUCGUGGACGGAUUACUUGAGCUUAACGGUGGGUGGGACUUUAUCUAACGCUGGCGUCAGUGGACAAACCUUCCGUUAUGGUCCCCAAACGUCGAACGUGACGGAAUUGGAAGUUGUAACUGGAAAAGGAGAAAUAACGGUUUGCUCCGAAAACCAAAACUCCGAACUCUUUUUCGCAGUCCUCGGCGGACUCGGUCAGUUUGGUAUAAUUACCCGAGCAAGGGUAAAGCUACAGCCAGUUCCGGACAUGGUAAGAUGGAUAAGGGUAGUGUAUUCUGAGUUUGAGGAAUUCAGUCGGGAUGCUGAGUUUCUGGUGAUUCAGAAAGAAGGCGAGUCGUUUGAUUACGUGGAAGGGUUCGUAUUCUCCAACAAUGAUGAUCCGGUUAAUGGCUGGCCAUCCGUGCCAUUGGACCCAGACCAUGAGUUCAACCCGGCUCACAUCCCUCAAACCGCUGGCUCAGUCCUCUAUUGCCUCGAAGGGGCUUUCCAUUACCGCAACGGUGACCACCCUUCAACUGUAGAUACGGCCGUGAGCAGACUUCUUGGACGGCUAGGAUUUGUGGAACUGUUGAAGUUCCAGGUGGAUCUCAGUUACAAGGAGUUUUUAUUGCGUGUGAAGCGGACGGAGGAACACGCGAAAGCCAAUGGCGUUUGGGACAGCCCGCACCCUUGGUUGAAUCUCUUCGUGUCCAAAUCAGACAUUGCUGACUUUGAUCGGACGGUGUUUAAAAAGAUGGUGAAAGAUGGAGUCGGUGGACCCAUGCUGGUUUACCCUCUUUUGCGAAACAAAUGGGAUAAUCGUACAUCUGUGGCGCUACCGGAAGGCGAAAUCUUCUACAUCGUGGCGUUGCUCCGGUUCGUCACCAAAGGCCCAUCGGUUGAGGAUUUGGUUGCACAAAACCAUGAGAUUGUUAAGUGGUGCAUCAAAGCGGGUUUGGAUUUCAAGCUAUACCUCCCUCACUACCAGUCAAUAGAGGAUUGGAAACGACAUUUUGGGAAUCAAUGGACAAGGUUUAUGGAGAGGAAAGCUUGUUUUGAUCCUAUGGCCAUCCUUGCACCAGGACAAAAAAUUUUUAAAAGAACCCAUCAAUCUUAACUAGUAGGCAAUAUUUAAUGUUUCCCAUGAAUUGGUGGGUCAGAUCAGGUCCAUUUGCAGUUGGUUGACAAAUCACUGUUGGAUUAUCAGUGCAAAGGAAAAAAAUCUUUAUCGAAUAAUUUGAUCCUUGCUCCUGGACAAAAUGAUUUGAUUAACAAGCUCCUCAUCAGAUUGAAAAGCAUGGCAUGAUUACUGUAGAAACUCAUCCAUCUUUGCUUCUAGACUCUAAUAUGAUUCAUGUCUCUGUCGUGCCUAUAAGCCAACCAAGUAUGAACCGCUCGAUUCAUGUCACGUCUAGAUCAUAAUCAUCUCACAGUUGGAUUGAUGUUUCAGUUAUA